AUGCCUACAAUCACAGGUCUCCAAUUCGAGCACUACCACGAACUUAACACACUGGGCGUACAAGAGACCCAACCCCGGCUCUCCUGGCGUUUCCGCGACGUCCCAGCCAAUUUCCAGCAGGUAGGUUACGAGCUGGAGAUUUUGCGACGACCCUUCUCCUCCAAAGCAGUUUUCAAGUGUUCAUAUCGUGUGGAUUCGUCGUCUUCCCGCCUCGUGCCAUGGCCAGACACUCAGCCCUUGCAAUCCCGUCAGAGAGUCACAGCACGGGUUCGCGCCUGGGACUCCACCGGUCAAACUACAGCAUGGAGUGACCCAGCCUCACUAGAGACUGGUCUUCUAUCGCGCUCAGAUUGGCAAUGCGACCGUAUCGCUGCACCCUGGGGACCAGGCACCCAAACCGCUGAUCCGGAGCAACUCUAUCGCAAAGAGUUCUCGACCUUCGCAGCCACCGCACAUGCAAGGCUCUACAUCACCGCGCAGGGGGUCUACGAAGCCGAGAUAAACGGCCAGCGCGUUGGAGAUCACUUCCUACCCCCGGGAUGGACAGCGUACGAUGCCCGCCUGCAGUACCAGACAUACGACGUCACGGAGUUGUUGUCCAGCGGAGAAAACUGUAUCGGGGUGCGUGUAGCAGAGGGGUGGUUUUCCGGUCGCAUCGGAUUUGAAGGCGGACAUCGCAAUAUUUGGGGACCGCAUACUGCGUUGUUGGCGCAGUUGGAGAUCGUAUAUGAGAACGGGCAGGUCGAGCGUCUGGUCACGGAUGGGUCGUGGCGGGUGACGAAGGGUCCAAUUCAGAAGGCGGAGAUUUAUGAUGGGGAGAAGUACGAUGCUAGGUUGGAGAUUGGCAAGUGGUCUUCUGUUGGAUGUAAUGAUGGAGAUUGGGAGCCAGUUCUUCGCAUGGACCCGUUACCGGAUAUCGUUGAGCUAACAGCAGGGUAUGGCGAGCCUGUUCGGCGGGUUGAAGUGAUAGGCCCGGUGAAGAAGCUGAUUACACCGUCUGGAAAAGUCGUGCUGGACUUUGGACAGAAUCUGGUUGGGUACGUCCGGCUGAAGAAUAUCAAGGGUCCGCGAGGUCAUCGCAUCAAGCUCUCUCAUGCCGAGGUGCUGGAGAAGGAUGAACUGUGUACGAGACCGUUGCGGAUCUGCCAAGCUGUCGACGAUUAUACCUUGAAAGGUGGUCAGAAGGGUGAGGUGUACGAGCCUCGCUUUACGUUCCACGGUUUCCGGUAUGCGCAGAUCGACGGAUGGAGCAGCGAUAUUGAUCUCGAGAGCUCUGCAGAGGCAGUGGUCUGCCAUACAGACAUGAAACCAUCCGGUUCAUUCUCCUGUUCGGAUCCGCUGCUCAAUCAACUCUAUCAGAACGUUCAAUGGGGCAUGCGAGGAAACUUCCUGUCGGUGCCCACGGAUUGUCCCCAGCGCGAUGAGCGACUCGGCUGGUCCGGCGACCUGGCCUUAUUUGCCCCCACGGCGAAUCUCAUUUUCGACUGCUUUGGCAUGUUGCGCAACUGGCUGAUUGACGUGGAGCAUGAUCAGAAAGUGCUUGACGGAGUCCCUGCAAUGGUGACUCCGAACGCCACGCUUCCUGAUCCCAUUUGGUGCCGUCGGAAACCGUGCGCGAUCUGGCACGAUGUCACCAUCCUAGCACCGUGGGCUCUAUACCAAGAAACGGGAGACAAGCAUAUUCUCUUCCAGCAGUAUAACAGCAUGACGACGUGGAUGAAGACACUUCCGAGAAACAGGGCGGGCGCCACCCAUCUCUGGGACACAAGUAUCUUUCAGCUCGGUGACUGGCUUGACCCUGCCGCCCCUCCCGACGCUCCUUGGAAAGGCUUGACAGACGCCAAGAUGGUAUCCAACGCAUUCCUCAUCCACAGUCUAGACCUCAUCUCGCGAAUCGCCACCAUUCUAGACAAACCCGAGGACGCCAAAAUGUACUCAUCGGACGCAGUACUAAGCCGAGAACAAUUCCAAGCUGAAUACGUAACCCCGAACGGACGCAUCGCCUCGGACUCCCAAGCAGCCUACACGCUAGCCAUCUACUUCGACCUUCUCACGCCAGCGCAACGCACCCGAGCCGGAUCCCGACUCGUGGAACUAGUCCGCAAGAACAAUUUCCACAUAGGCACCGGGUUCGCAGGAACACCGUUCCUCUGCGAAGCGUUGCUUCGAACAGGCCAUGUGCAGGUUGCGUAUGCAAUGUUGACGGAACGCACGUGUCCGUCGUGGUUGUAUCCCGUUACGAUGGGCGCUACUACGGUCUGGGAACGUUGGGAUAGCAUGCUACCGGACGGGUCAAUCAACCCCGGGGAGAUGACUUCGUUCAAUCAUUAUGCAUUUGGAGCGAUUGCGCGGUUCCUAUACGAGAGGGUCGCCGGGCUGGAGAGUAUUGAGGCCGGGUGGCGACGAUGUCGCGUGAGGCCGGCCAUUGGGGGAGAGAUUACGAGUGCGGGAGCAGAGCAUGAGACGCCGUGUGGAAGAGUUCGUUGUUCUUGGGAGACGGAGGAGGUAAACGGGGUUGAGGAGAGGAUCACGAUUAGGGUUGUUGUGCCGUAUGGGGUGGUCUGUGAGGUGGUUGUUCCGGACGGAGACGAGGAGAGAACCGAGGUUGUUUGUGUUGGUGAAUGGGAGUUUCAGGGCGGUUUUAUGAGGAGUUACGAGUGGCCGGUCAAACCUCUGCCUCCCAAGUCUUAA